CUACCACUGCUCUUGCUGCCGUCAUGCGAUUACACCGCAAGUGAUACUCUUUUUUACUAUGAGAAGCGCCCGGCCAACUGUGGCGUCGCCGACCUCCCCGAUAUCAACCCGGUUAACCCCAAGCUGGUCCGAUUGGGCUAUGCCAACCCUUUGGUCCUGCAGCUCAUCAUUGCUCAGCGAUCUAAUCAUCGCGAGGUGUCUUCCGCCAUCCUGCCCACGGGGGAGAGCGCGGAGCGCUUUUUGAGGGAUGCUAUUGCCCCAUUCGGCCCCAAGAUUGAUCGCUAUCUGGCUGGUGGCGAAGAUGAAAUGCCCUCCCUGUUUAUGGCAAGCAUCGUUGUAGCUCUCGUCGAAAGGGCCCGGCUCGACACGCUCUCCCAGGCAUACGACCAUCCAACAGCAGCCAAGGCCAUCUUGAACAAUCUCCACACCCUCAGCUCGGAAGAAAUUUUUGACAGCAUGCCUGAUUAUCUGAUAGAGUACUACAUGCACACCGUCUCCUUGGCUUGCGUUGCUGCCAAUCCCAUCACGGCUACUGGGUUUCCAUUCAUCAGUGCGUCGCAGUUGGCAAUUGUCGACGGUUUGGUGGUCGAAGAUUACAUCGGUAAACUUUCCGGAACCUGGCUCGACAUAAUGGCCACCAUUCCACACAUUUUUAGGUUGGGAGCCAUCAUGUACCGUCGGAAACUUGGUACAUCUACAUUUGAAGAUACGCCCGGCGAGUUUCUCGAUUUUGCCGAUAUAGAAGACAGGCUCCAGGCUUCUGCCCUGAUUGAAGACGGAAGAAAGCGCGUCGACACCUGGCAAAAAGUCGCCCUUUUAUUCAAGAUUGCCGCCACAUGUUACCUGUGGUCUCUCUUGGAUGAGCCUCUCCUCCAUAACCCAGACAAAUUGCACAGGGUGUUCAUGAAGCAGAUAAUUACGCAAGCAGACGAAUUGCUGCCUACCAUUACAUUGGAUAGUGACUUCAAUCUCGCCCUCUGCUGGCCUAUGCUUAUCCUGGGGUGCUUGACCAAAGACAAAGGUACAGAGGAAUUCAUCGAGCAGCGCCUGAUUGACAUAGCCGACCAGUCUGCCGUUGGCAAUUGCCUCGAGACUCUGUUCGUUCUAAAACACGUCUGGAGUCUGCCUAUGAGCGAGCGUUCCCCCUGG